AUGCUCCCCACCCUCCCAAAUGGUCCUACCCACCCUCCCAAACAGCCCUCCCAACACUCGCAAAUGGUCCUCUCGCAAAUGGUCCUAUUCACCCUCCAAAAUGGCCCUCCCAACACUCCCAAAUGGUCCUCUUCACCCUCCAAAAUGGCCCUCCCAACACUCCCAAACGGUCCUACCCACCCUCCCAAACGGUCCUUCCAACAUUCACAAAGGGUCCUCUCCACCCUCUCAAAUGGUCCUCCCCACCCUCCCAAACGGCUUCCCAGCACUCACAAAGGGUCCUCUCCACCCUCUCAAACGGUCCUCUCCACCCUCCCAAACGGUCCUCCCCAUCCUCCCAAAUGGCUUCCCAACACUCACAAAGGAUCCUCUCCACCCUCCCAAAUGGUCCUCCCCACCCUCCCAAACGGCCUCCCAACACUCACAAAUGGUCCUCCUGGACAUCCUGGACUCAUGGUGGGGCCACUAAAUGCUACACAAGUGUACUUCAGUUCACAGAGGAUAAGGGCCACACACCUCAAGAGGAAAGUUGCUGAAGUGUGA